UACAUUCUAUCUUAAAUCCCGUUUCUCGAUUCACUUUUCUCUUCUCCAUCUUUCUCUCUCUUCUACAGCAAUUGUGGCGAUGUUCAUGGAUGCAUCAGGUUCUGUUUGCGUUUGCUGCUCCGGUGGGUUGUGGUUGCUCUCGUAGUGGAGAUGGAAGUAGUUCUACGAAGGUGUAACUGACGUCGUGGAGAGGUUUACGGAGUCGAUCUCCUUCGACAAGCAGCUCUACAAGCAAGGCAUAAAAUGGAAGCAGAGCGCAUGCGUCGAUCGCUCACUAGGGUUUGAUAAAGCGCGAGCGACAAAAACUCCAUUCUCGAAGGUUUGGAGGAAAUAGAGAGGCGCAUUGAGAAUGGAGAGUUCAAUUGGAGAGCUGACAAAGAGGACAUGCACAUGAACAUCGGUGAGCCUGCGAAGAAGCUUCACACCGCUCGAAGUAGGAACGAUCAGGUUUUGACUGACUUUCGCCUCUGGUGCCGCGACGCCAUCGACGGGAUCCUCGUGAGCAUGAAGCAGCUUCAGGAUGAUGUUAGUCUCCUCCUAUCGCUGCCCACUAAAUUCAUCUGUGACGCCGACGCCGAACCUGUAUAUGAAGGAGUGUGCCAAAGGGGUUUUAGGACAUUGAGUUUGGGACGUUGUAAUUUAUCCAGAGUUAUUGGGAACUUAUUUCCAAAAGUUGGAAAUGGUUUUACUUUGAAGAACUGAUUGCUGUAUGGAGCAGCUAAUACAUAUUGGGGGACAUCCAGGUCCAUUCAUGGGUCGGGUAUAAGAUGUUGGAUUAGCUUUGUGUGCUUGCCUUACUUUUCAUUCUUGUUGAUGGCACACCGAAAUCCAUUGGGAAAUCUUGUUUGGUUAUUCAUGGCUUGUAUUUUGUCUUUUUCUUUGGUGAUGAUGUCUAAGUGGCCUAAAGUUAAUGCUACUUUUUUUUAAUUAGCUCUGUAAUUUUUGUUUUGGUCAUUCCCCUGGAUGGAUAUAUUUAAUAUUGUUUGUUACUCUGAUUAACAACUAUUUCAUAAUGCAUGAAGAUAAUUAUUCUAGCUCUUCA